GGCGCAGUGUAGCAGACAUGGUCUCUCGUGGUGUCCCGUUCCUGGUCAUGGUGGUCAUUCUGGGUCUGUGCACCCUGGUGGAAUGCCAGAAGCCUUCCCCCUGCCAGUGCUCGAGGCUGAGCCCCCACAACAGGAAGAACUGUGGCUAUCCUGGGAUCACCAGUGAACAGUGCUUCGCACAAGGCUGCUGCUUCAACUCCAGCGUUCCCGGGGUGCCCUGGUGCUUUGAACCUCUGCCGAUGCAAGAGAUGGAGCAGUGUGUCAUGGAGGUCUCGGAGCGCAAGAACUGUGGCUUCCCAGGCAUCAGCCCUGAGGAGUGCGCCUUUCUCCACUGUUGCUUCUCCAACACCAUCCCGCAGGUGCCCUGGUGCUUCUUCCCAAAGCCUGUGACAGACUGUCACUACUGAGAGGUGCCGGCCACAGGGACCCCCUCGCUCACCACCUGCUUGCAAACCAAGGGAGAAAGUUCCAGAUGUGAUUGGCUGCAGAGUUCAUCCACCCCUGGCUUCUCUCUGUCUUCUGAUCUGCUUCAGCGGUUGGACAAAUACUUUUAAUUA